UCUCUAGCAGGUUGCACGAGUUUAUUUUCAGCCUUUCUCUGGAAGACGCGUUGCGAUGCUGUAAACUGCGUUGUAUGGCUAUAACAAUGUUUUUCCUGGACUUUUGAGUUACAACCUGGGUGGAACUUUUCCGGAACACCGAGGUUUGGAAUUUAGCGGUGACAUGUGAAAUGUUGCUGCGUGGGUUGUCGGUAUAUCCAGGCGGCAACGGACAGACCAAGCCAGGCUAGCUUAGCUGACUAGCAAUGCACCUCGGCUAGCUAUCGCUAGCCCCUCCUCUGGCUAAGCGUGUUGAAGCGUCGACGCAGCGUUUAAAACAGCUUCGCUUGUUUGGAAGCCCGGUAAUAUCUACAGAGUGCCAAGUUUCAUUCCACACUGCUGUUUCAAUGCACAGACAGAGCGGCCGAGCAACUUAGCUAAUGUUAGCUACCUGUGUCCGCUGGACGCCGCUGUGAGUGAGAGUGAGCGGUCCCUUAAGAUAGCGAUAUCCAUCGUCUAAGACUCCUUCUGACAUCUAUUCCGUUCACAUUAACCACAUGCAGUUAAAAUUGUGCUGAAAUGCAGCCCUGAUAAAAGCUGUGUGUUAGCUGGGAGCUCACGUCGCACUACACCAGUCAUACUGUUUUGGCUGACAUGGCAGCCAGCGGAUACUCUGACCUGAGGGAGAAGCUGAAAUCCAUGACUCCACACAGAGACGAGGAAAAAAAUAAGUACGUGGACGGGACGAGUAACGGCAGCGGUAAAGGUCGAAAACGCAAGUUUCGAGAGUCCGACGACGAUGAAUACGAGCACAGUGAUGACAGCGCGGAGCUCCGGGAGCAGGAGGCCCGUCGGGUGAGGAGCAGCAUCCUGCAGAAGAGGAUCUUCACACCGGAGGAGUGCGCCCUCAUCGAGGAGAAGAUCGACGACGUGGUCGCUCAAGGAGAGGCUGGACUCUACCGUGAGCAUACCGUGGACAGAGCGCCGCUCCGCAACAAGUACUUCUUUGGGGAGGGGUACACGUAUGGAUCCCAGCUGGAGAAGCGUGGACCAGGCCAGGAGAGGCUGUACCGUAAAGGAGAAGUGGAUGAGAUCCCAAGCUGGGUGCAUGAGCUGGUGAUCAAGCGUCUGGUGUCCAGUGGUGUGAUCCCGGAAGGGUUUGUCAACAGUGCAGUCAUCAAUGAUUAUCAACCAGGUGGCUGCAUUGUGUCACAUGUAGAUCCUCUGCACAUCUUUGCACGGCCCAUCGUUUCAGUGUCCUUCUUCAGUGACAGCGCACUCUGCUUCGGCUGCCGCUUCCAGUUCAAACCGAUCCGGGUGUCAGAGCCUGUGUUUGUCCUGCCUGUGAGGAGAGGGAGUGUCACAGUGCUCAGUGGUUACGCUGCUGAUGACAUCACUCAUUGCAUCAGACCCCAAGACAUAAAGGAGCGGCGUGCUGUUAUCAUCCUUAGAAAGACCAGACCUGAUGCUCCUCGACUGGACUCUGACAGCCCUUUAAGGUCUUCUCCUGCAGAGAGACCCGCUCCUCUGAAAGCCAAACGCUCUCAUCGCAAAGCAGACCCUGAUGCUGCUCACAGGCCGAGAGUUCUAGAGAUGGACAAAGAGGAGAACAGACAUCCAUCAGUGUCGCGUCACCGUCACCACAGCAUCAGCUCAGAGAACUACUGGAGGCGUGGUCAAGACUCUGACAAACACCGGGAGAGUUCAGGACGCAAAGUCAAAAUGAGACGCCACUGAGCACUUCUCUAUCAUACAUAUACCCGCUCUUUUACGUAUUUCAAUAUUGUAACAUUCUUUGAUCAGUCAUCAUUUUCUUGCUCCACUUUUAGUCUGGCACAAGGAGCACAAAAAUCAUUGUCUGCAUUUUGGUUUGAGUCUGGAUAAGUUUGAGUGUAUAUUUGUUUCUGGCAGACCUUGGGUUAGUUACUACAGUUAGGCAUUGAUGCCAACGGUUCAAUUCUUGUUUCUAUGUCCAUAGAUACUUCAAAAUGGCAUGUAUUUUUUGUAACCGAGAUGUACAGACUGAAAGAGCUACAAGAAAGAUGUAUGUAUGGACUUGUACAAAAGAAAACCUAAGCUGUAAUCUAACUUGUUAUAAUGUAUUAUACAUUUGUAUAGUGUUUGAUUUGGGGAACUUUUAUGCAGAAAGAAACCUUUGGUUUUUCGCACCAACAUUUCUGAUCCUGUGCCAUGCCAGAUCUAUGCUGUUAGUACACUUCUGCCUCCCUGUUGCAGUUUAAGUUGAAACAGCUGGCAGAUGUGCAGCCAUGCUGUCUGCGUUAUGAUUUUACUCAGCUUUAUGGCUCAUCUUGGUGGAGGUCACAAUAUGGUGCAUCAACCAAACUGAUGGAGUGAUGAAAAACUCAGGCCUUGUUUUACACUCCUGUUUCAGUUUAAAGUUGCUUUACCUUAUUGAGUGACAGGCCAUGCUGUUGCUGCUCUGAAUUAAAUCAAAAUUUUCCUAAUUUAAAGUAAGUGAUAUGUGGGUUAGUCAGAACUUAAUUUGAGCAAAACCAAUUAUGUGUCUAACUGGUGUCUAAACAUUCAGGCAAUAAGAAAGUGAAUUUCCAGAUGUAUGUGUCCUUGCGGUUUGCUGUGUAAGCAGAGAUUGCUUGCUCCCAGUCAGUCAUAUUUGGCAGCGGUACUUAUUAGCUGACUGCUAGGUUAGUCUGGAGUUACACAUGAACAAAAAUAACCUUGGUUCAGAGGAGAAAUUACUUUCUAAAAACAGGCUGAGUUGUGUUCAUUUUCUAAAGCUCUUCAACUUGCAGUUAAAAAUGAUCGCAAGAAGCAAGUACUGAAGCCCUUCAAAGAAUGGGACACUAACUUUGUGGACACAGUGGUGGCACACAAGGUGGUUGCAUGGGUUUCAGUGGUCACAUUUCUGGCUACAAGGGUGCAGGCUGAAUGAAAUAAAGCUGGAAUUGUUUCCACAGAGAUGGUCUGCCAUUCAUUAAAGUAAGAUUGUCCCUCAACCAAGCUGUUCAAGCACCAGCCCAAGGGACUACAAACUGGAGUGUGUCUUCUACUGCCCGGAGCAGUAGUUACUUAUAUUAUUAGGCAUAUUUAGGGAGGGAAGGUAUAGUGGAGAUGGGCUGCCAUCCUGAAAUCUAGCAGUUUCUAGCACCAGGAUUGCUGUUUUAUUGAUUAAUGUUAAUUUAAGUUUCUAGGAUCAUGUCAGUUAAGUGAGGAUUUUCAGUCUGGAUAAAAGUUUGGGCCUUUGCAAUUACAUUUCUGUGUUCUUCUAAUAAUUCCUUAAUUUGUAUUUAGUUUGUAUAUUAUGCAUCCUUGAUAUUUCAAGAAAGUUAUUUAUAAUUCAAUAAAGAAAAUAUGUAA